UGGAUCACGCAAUGGCAGAUUGAAUUAACUACUUUUCAUAUAUACCUUAACAAAAACGUAUCUUCAAAUGGCGAUGGUAGCUUGUGACAUAUAAGUAUCUUGGAAAUGACAGUGAUUCUUCAGUCAAUUUUGUGCCGUUCACCAUGAGAGCGAUAAUUGUACUAUUUGCACUUCUGGGGCUUAGCCAUUGCAGACCGCAAUCGUCUUUUACGGCGCCCUUGGAAGCUGUCAAGGCAUUCAUCCUGAGUUUUGAUAAUUCUUUCGGUGGAGAUGGAGAAUAUUCCUAUAACGUGGAAUCCAGUGACGGUCAAAAACGAGGCGAGAAGCGCUACAUCCUGAAUAAGGGCACGGAAAACGAGGAACCGGUAGUGGAAGGAUAUUACAGUUACAACGCACCUGAUGGGAAAGAGUAUGUAGUGGGAUAUAAAGCCGACAAAGAAGGUUUUCAGCCUGAAGGAGAGCAUCUGCCUGAAUCCGCAAGUGUUAAAAGGAGACCGCCCCAACUUGGAAUACCUUCAAAGGCAAUUGCUUCUCUAUCCGGAGGCGGACUUGGUUAGUGCUUUAAAAUUAAGUAUUUGAAUGUAAGCAAAUAAAUAUGUGCAGAUAA